CAAAAAGGCAGAUACAAAAGGAAAAAAAGGUUACAAAAUGAAUCUACCUACUCGGAUGUAACUGGUGAUGAACCCAGAGAGGAGAUGGAAGAAGCCAAAGAGUUUAAAGUCUUGUUGAAGCUGGUAAGAGAAGGGGCGACAUUCGCCCCGGAGCACAGGCGGAACCACAGCCUCCUACUUGUUUGUGCCCGACAAGAUUUGAGUGUUGCACUUCAGCAUGCUUCUGCCAAAACAAACCGACAUGUGAGAGUUUAUGGUCAAUAUCCGCGGAGUUUACGCUCCAAUCACUGAACCGUGCACCGAGAACAGCGAAACAAGAGAGGACAAGAGACAGACAUCGGGAACAAACGGGAUAUACACCGGUGAAGGAGCGGAGGGCAGCGGGAAAGAGCAGCGACACUGGGGAGACUGGAGCGGAGACCCAAGGACAAACGGGACACCUGCACCAGGUGAGAAAGCGGGGGAAACCAGCUGCACCGGGGAGGCCAGGCCGAAGGAUGGAAGCCGAGUUCCGAGGCCCAAAGAGACGGCCCCGAGUCUAUGAGGUCUACGAGGCUCCGUUCCCAUUGAACCAGAACCAAGACCAGGACCAAAACCAGUUCAGAGCGGACCUCAUCAACCAACAAGUCCUGGUGCAGAACCAGGACCACAUCAGGACUAUAUAUAAACAGGGUUUCUUUGGUAAAGGUAUCCUGUCCAAGUCUGGUCCUGCCAACAGUGUUUUUGACCAAUGGGAAAAUCAUGAAGGUUUGAUGCUGCCCGUCGUUUUCUCCUCAAGAUAUGAGGAGAUGCUGCAGUGGGCUGGACAUACGCUCUCUGCUCAGGGUUUGGACAACGCAGCUGUCCAUCACAGACUGCAGCAGGUGUCCUCAGGUGUGACUGUGGAGGAGGUCCAAGUCCAGAUCCAGUCCAGGGAAGACCAAACUCCAGAAUCCAGACCAAUUCCUGGUCCAGAGCCCAGACCUCGGGCAGACCCAGGAUUCUCAGUCCCUGGUUGUGGUUUCGUCCUGGUGCGCUCUGACCCUGAGGGCGACACAGAGAUCCGGCGAGUCCCCAUAAGCGUCACAGAAUUCCUCCAGCUCAGCCAUGAAGAGGCCUUUUUCCUGGUCUAUGCUCUCGGCGUCCUCACUGUUUAUCACAACCAGGCUCCUCUCUCCCUGCUGCAGCUGUGGCGGACAUUUUGUGCUCUCUCUCCAGACUUUGUCAGCUCUUAUGCCGCGUACCACUUUUACCGAAGCCGAGGAUGGGUCCCCAAAACCGGGUCUGGGGCCAAGUACGGGACUGACAUGAUGUUGUACCGGAAAGGCCCUCCGUUCUACCAUGCCAGUUUCUCUGUGGUGGUGCAGAGGAAGACAGCUGACUGGGAGCAAAGGAGGAGAGUUGAUGAGGAGCAGAGGAUGGGUGACCCUCCUCUGCGUUUGUUUUCUUGGCGUUCUCUUUCGGCUCUGAGUCGAGUCACUGCCAACGUCUCCAAGGAGCUGCUGCUUUGUUACAUAAUCUUCCCCAUCGACCAAUCAGAGGCUGAGAUGGGGUCACCUGGCUGUCUGCAGCGCCUCUCUGUGCAGGAGGUGAUGGUGAGUCGCUGGGUCUCCUCUAAGGAACGCUCUGACCAGGACGAGAUCUGAACGGGAACUAAACUGGGACUGAACCAGGACUAAACCCAGGGGUGCAAACUUUGCCAUUUUGAUCUCAAAAUUGGUUAUUCAUCAGUCGAAUCUCCAUAGAUUUG